CAUUUCAAAAUGUUUUCACACAGAAAAACAGUUAUUAUAAAUUGUAAUUUCACAAUAAUACUUUAUAUUUCACAAUAUUGUUGUAAUACUGCAAAACAAUAACUGUGUGUGUGCCUUAUAUUUCUAAUAUUUCAAGUUUCCUAGUUAUCCCUCAGCAGUGAGACUUGUGUAGGUGCAACGGUCCGUGAUGUAAUAUGCUGACAUUUCUUCUUGAACAUAGGAAAUGUGAUUUAUUACUGCAAUACAGCUUGACAGCCACAGAGAAAUGCUGACAAUAAUUAUCGGAUAACUGUAGAAUUCAUGAAGUAAUCUCACUGUUCCUGUUGAGAUGGUUUUCCUUAUUAACUACUAUCCGAUUCUGUACUGCUUUGGCUUUAUCCGAGUCAGAUUAAUAUGUAUGUAGUUCUCACAUUUACAUUUCACCUGAAUCCUGGCUUACUUUUCAGGGUGUGUAAAUAAUUACAAGCAAAGUAAGAGCCCAAGACAUCUAUUAGUAAUCCCUCAUGUUUGAUGUAUCAUACUCAUAGACUAUAAUGCUGCUUCAGCAACAAGGCCAUUAAAUUAAGAGCUGCGCUGAGUUUUAAUCACUUAUAUGGAGACACUCUCCUGAGAUAAUAGUCACCCUCAUGCUUACUAUAAAGUCUGCAAUGCAUCGCUUAUAAAAGCAUGCACAGCAGUAUUUAAAUUACAUAAAAUGAACCCUUCACGGUUGAAAGUUAUACUACCUUUCAAACUUUUGGGGUGUCAGAAUUUAUUUCUAUGUAUCACAAUUUCCACAAAAGAUAUUAAGCAGCGCAACUGUGAUAACAAAAAUGUGCCAAAUCAGCAUAUUAGAAUGAUUUCCGAAGGAUUAUGUGACAAUGAAGACUGGAGGAAUGAUGUUGAUGUUAAAAUAUAUACAAUAUUUUACAAUAUCACUAUUUUUUGGUUUAUUUUUGUUCAAAUGAAUGCAGCUUUGACCAUAAGAGAUUUUCUAAAACCACAAAAGUUAGUCUGAAAUUUGGCCUGCUUGUCACACAACUGAUAGCUUUCCUCCUUGUGCUUAUCUAGCAUAUUUGUCAAAGAAUUCUUGUUUGCUUUGUAACUUCAUGCAGACAGAGACUUAAGAGCAAGUUCAGAGAGUUUUAAAGUUAGUUUCUGGCAGGCCCCGUCCUCUCCUCGUGUAUUGAUUUCCCCCCGACUCUCUGAUGCCUGAGCCCGGUUUAAACUCAUGCAUUAAUAAAUGCAAACUCAUCAGCAGUCAUCUUUCCUCUCCCACACUCAGGCCUUUGAUGGGUAAAGUUUUUCAUGUUAUCAGUGAUUAGUAUAUCUUCCUUCAAAAUUCUGAUGCACUGUUCUCAUUUGAAUAUAAACUAGGGCUUCCAAUUGAUUCAAAUUAAUUGCAUUAUAUGAUGAUAAAUUCAUUAAAUUAUUCAAAAAUCAUAGGGGCUUUUUUUUCAUAUAGUGGGUUUUUGCAUCUCACUGCAUUUAUGUCGCUUUUUUAAGAAGCUGCAUCAACUUCGCAGCAUUCAGAGUUCUCUCUGCUCCUCAGUUUAAAUGGGCACAAAGCUUUUGGUUUCAUGUAUCUAGACAGCUGAGGAGAAAAGAGAGCAGGAAAGCAUAGUUAAGUAUUGCACAUUAUUUUUACAUAGGAAAGAGCCAUAAAAUAGUCAUAAUGUCCUUCCGCUAAUGCAUCAACACUUAAGAGCAUGUUUGUUAGUGAAGCAGACCUACAGUAGGCAGUAAUGUCAUGAUUCUUUAUGGAUGUUUUAAUACGUAUUGUUCAGUAGAUGCUGAGGAUAGACAUUAUUAGGCAAGUUUAAUCUUAAAUGGUCUAGCCAGUCACCAAUAGUCUGAUGAUUGUGACGUGCAGGUUCAUAUUAAAUGAUUUUAUUGCACAAAUGAUUUAUGAACUUAGCAUAUUUGAUUUAUCUGCUCUCUAUUUUUUUAUUUAUUUUUUUAUGCAUUAAAGUAGUUUAUUUUUUUAACUGUACUGUUUACUUUCUAUAAAUGUAAUGCUUCUUAUAUUUUUUAAAUAUUUUAUUUGCUUUAGAUGUCUCAACUUCAUAACAACUUUAUUUAAGCCAUGUACUUGACUCUGAAUAUUGAUUCUGUGGUCAGAUAUUCUUGUUUAAUGACAACUAAAUGCUUGGUUUCUUACUAAAAUUGCUUCAGGCAAGUUUUCCUAUUGUAUAUCUCAUAUUACUGCAUGAUCUUUUUCUCCUAACAUAAUAAAAUAAGUUGAACUGAAAUCAAUAUUUCAUAUCCCUUUAUCACAUUUCAUUUAUUUAUCUGGCAAGUAGCCAUGUAAUAAGUAGGAUAAUGUACAGUAAGCCUGUCAUUAUAAUGAAAGAAACCCCUUUUAGACUCCUUUUACAGAGAUCCAAGACCCCUCUUGUACUGUAUGUCCAGCUAUAUUAAUAAAGUCUGUAGUUUUGUAUCAUGUAAGUAAAUGAAUGAUGCACCCCUUCAACCGCAUCUAAACAUACAUUAUGGCUGGCUCAUCAUUGUGCAUUAUUGUUAAAGAGAUGGAGAGGGAAGAGGGAGUGUCUGAGUCAGGACAUCAGACUCUUUCGGUGCUCUAUAAGGAAAUAUAUAGGCUGAGGAGGAACACGACGCACCAGUCUGUGGAGACCAAAGCUGAAGGAGCUUUCCACAUGCUUGAUGUUGUUAUAGAGAUACAUGGAUGAGGAUGUGAAGGAACUCUGAAGACUUUAUCAAACUUGUUGCUGCUGAAACAUUGAUGAGAUGAGUUGCUUUUCCUAAAACUGUCCAUUUGAAGUCUAGCAUGACCUCUUGACCUUUGUAUGUUUUCUUUAAGGGAUCGUAUAGCUUAUUAGAGCUCGUUGCAAUGGCUAUUCAGGGCAUGGAGCUGUUUGCAGUUGCUGUAGUGAUUCUUCUGUUUAUAAUGGUGCUCAAACAGUUUGGCAUGACGGAGCCGCUGUCGUUGGACGAUGACAGCGCUGACAGUGAUCUGGAGUUGGCCAUGGUGCGGCAUCAGCCGGAGGGCUUGGAGCAGCUCCAGGCUCAGACCAAGUUCACUAGGAAGGAGCUUCAGUCGCUCUACAGAGGCUUCAAAAACGAGUGUCCCAGCGGAUUGGUGGAUGAGGAGACGUUUAAAUCGAUCUAUUCCCAGUUCUUCCCUCAAGGAGAUGCAACCACAUACGCACACUUCCUUUUCAAUGCUUUUGACAUGGACAGAAAUGGCUCUAUACGUUUUGAGGACUUUGUAAUCGGCUUGUCUGUUCUGCUUCGAGGUUCUGUGACAGAGAAACUGAGGUGGGCCUUUAACCUGUAUGAUAUUAAUAAAGACGGCUACAUCACCAAAGAGGAAAUGCUGGCUAUAAUGAAGUCCAUCUAUGACAUGAUGGGCAGGUACACCUUUCCUUGUGUAAAAGACAACGCUGCAUUUGAACACGUGGAGAAAUUCUUCCAGAAAAUGGACCGAAACAGAGAUGGUGUUGUAACCAUAGAUGAGUUCAUAGAGACCUGUCAGAAGGACGAGAACAUUAUGAGCUCCAUGCAGCUGUUUGAGAAUGUCAUCUAGAGCGCAGCGGGAAGUGCAGAGUGAUCCUGGCUCUUUUUCCACAUCGACUCUCAGCAUCGUUCCAUCAGUCCUCGAGCGCUCCACAGGGACUCUCUAGAAACACUUGUGUUUUGUACCUAGGCCUUGCACAUCAUCUGUAGCAUGUGAAUGAAUAUUCUGAUUGAUUGCAUUGAAUGCUUUAACAAAAGGAUUUGGGUCAGUUUCAUCUUCAGCACUCAAGACUCAUUUGUAU